AACAAGCCACAGCUCAACAACCACUGCCAACUCUUCACGGUUCUCAGUGUGGCAUCGUCGUUGGUGUUGUAUGGCGAUAUUGGUGUUGGUGGCGGGCACGGCGUGCGUGGCUGGGCCGCUGGCGUUACGGACCGCACCGGGGGCGCCCCUGCACGAGAGACUGCGCCUCGCUGAGCGCCUUCUCCACGACACCCCUCUUAUUGAUGGCCACAACGACUUGCCUUGGAACAUACGAAAGUUUCUACAUAAUCGAAUCAAAGAUUUCAGGUUCGAUGAGGAUCUACGAACUAUAGCGCCGUGGGCUACGAGUUCUUGGAGUCACACGGAUCUGCCGAGACUCAAACAAGGAAGAAUUGCUGCACAAUUUUGGGCAGCAUACGUGCCAUGCGACGCGCAGCACCGGGACGCCGUGCAGCUCACCUUCGAGCAGAUAGACCUCAUACAGAGGCUCACUGACAAGUACCACCCGCAACUCACGCUCUGCACAUCUGCUGACGACAUAAUAGCGGCGCACACGAACCAUCGUCUCUGUUCGCUAGUGGGGGUGGAAGGUGGGCACGCUAUUGGGGGCUCUCUCGGCGUGCUUCGAACCUUGUACCAAGUUGGCGUACGCUACCUCACGCUGACGUCCACCUGCGACACACCUUGGGCGGAGUGCGCCUCUGCCGACCGCACAGAUCUCACACAAAGAGGUGGACUUACUCCCUUUGGCAAAGUGAUCGUGAAGGAGAUGAACCGUCUUGGUAUGCUGGUGGACCUGUCCCACGUAUCAGAGCGUACGAUGCGUGACGCCCUGGCCGUAUCACGCGCACCCGUUCUCUUCUCGCACUCUUCAGCGCGCGCGCUUUGCAACGUGACUCGCAACGUGCCCGACAGCGUGCUGCGCUUGCUCGCCAACAACAAGGGUCUUAUCAUGGUCAACUUCUACACCUCCUUCCUCACUUGUAGUGAGUCUGCCACCGUGCAAGAUGCAAUAGCGCAUAUAAAUCACAUUCGCAGCAUAGCUGGCGUUGACAGCGUAGGCCUGGGCGCUGGUUACGAUGGAAUUAACUAUACGCCACAAGGUUUGGAGGAUGUGUCCUCGUAUCCAAUGCUAUUCGCGGAGCUGAUGGAGGAUGGUUGGAGUAUAGAGGAGCUGCGGAAGCUGGCCGGACUGAACCUACUACGGGUGCUUACAGCGGCGGAGCGUGUAGCACGCGACCUCGCCGCAGACCAUGUCGCGCCCUACGAGGACGCUGCGCCCCGCGUCGCAGACCCACACAACUGCUCCAGUCAGGAUUUAUAAAACCUUUAAAAAAAAGUAGUCGAAGCAAUCACACCGACUACACGAGUG